CCCUUGGGAGCAAUUUAGAUUGCCAGUUCGAAUUCCUAGAGCUACACUUCCCACUGAAAUCGUGUCUGCCAGUGAUCGACAACGUUCACCUUCACAAGAAUGCAACCUAACAAUACUACUUCGUUACAAGCUUUAUGCAAAAGGAGUCGACCCGUAACCGAUGUUCCCAAUGUUCGCCCAUGUCAAACACUUGAACAUCGGUUCCUUCGUUUAGACUAUACACCUUCCGACAUUGAAAAAUCUCAAUUGGAGAACAUGCUGAAAGAAGGAGAGCAAAAGGUUGAACAGUGCGAGGAAAUUAUGGCAGUUUUGCGAAAAAGGCUGGAGCAGAUGGAGAGCACACAGAACGCUGUGGAGACUACAAACGCGCAGUGCCGUGCUGCUCUCUCGGCGCAGCGGAGGGUCCCUGUGGAGAUCUGGCAGAUGAUCUUCUCCACGCUUUGCUUGACUCCCUGCCAUCCUCAUUUCCCAAGUUUGCGGAAAAUCAUUGCUAAAGGAAUGCCCAGUAUCUGGUCUACCAUUAGUUUCCACCUCAGUGAAUCACUUCACGAUGUCAACGUCUCCACUCCUCUCAAAGUCUAUUUAUCGAAUUCGGAGACAUCUCUUUUGAAGAUGAGGUUCACAUCGUCCCACUCAGCUUACCUCUGCCCACGAAUUCUUCAAGCAUGGGAAACGUUGUCCAGACACAUUCACAGAGGUAAAGAGUUUGUUAUGUGGAUCGAUUCUUCCCAAGACAAUUAUCAUCUCCCACCUAUCCCAGAUCUUACCUUUCCCUAUCUUGAAUUCUAUCGCGGAGUACGUUUAUCACAUGAUGAACUUCGUUGGCCGUGGUUUCGACGCGCUCUCCGGGAAGCACCUAAGCUUACAACGGUGACCAUUCGUUCCCCGUCGCUCCACCACUGUGACUUACCAUUUUCACAACUAACGACAUGGAGGGUGCUAAGAAUCACGUCUGAUUCUGGCUUGAGUCAAUUUUUUGAAUUUGCACGGGCCUGCGGGCACCUCAAGAACUUGACAUUGGAGAUUUUGUCCUACUCUGUUCCUCCUCGGGAGCUUCGGGAGGUUGAGUUGCCUUCUCUUCAGAAGUUAUCCCUCACUUCCUACGUGUAUGACAUUAGGUGGUUGUAUGGCGUUCUCGCAUCCCUUGUCAUCCCCUCGCUCAAAGAGUGCAAUAUACAAUGCAGGGACUGGCCCGGAUCCAGCUUCCUCGACAUGGUUCGGCGAUCCUCAUCUUCGCUCAAACGGAUGCGCCUUGCUGUCCUCCAAACGUUAACAAGUUCUCCAUGCAGCCCUCUAUUUGAUGUUCUGCAAGCCGCGUCUGAAUUGACUCAGUUCGGGUUCGUCAUGGGCAGAGCAGACAACGAUCAUCCGACCUAUCUCACUCGGAUGGCGAACGACAUGAUCUCGACACUCCUCAACAGACUCCAAAACGAUCCUAACACUUUCCUCCCAAAACUCAACCUCCUCUCUCUUGAAUUUUCGCAUGUCACGCCGAACACGCAACUUGUGGAGCGCGUGUUGGGGGUAGUUUCUGCAAGACAGCUCACACUCUAUCCUUUGAAGGAAUUUCGCCUCCGAGUCGUGCGGCCUGUGGUGGGAAAGAAAGUUGGGGGGGAGUUUGUCAUUGGUCCUGAGCUGCUCGAGAGGAUCCGAGUGUUAAACGAAGGUCAAAUUAAAGUGGCCUUCGAGGACUGCUUUGAGGAGCGGUAAUAGUAAGAUGGCCGGUUUGAGGGAAGACGAUGGUCGCAGCACUCAUCAACGGUUCGGAGCCUGGAGGCUAUUCAAUGCGCGGGGUCGACGAUACAGUGGAGCGUC